UGGCUACGUAAACCCAUUCAUUAAUUUUUUUUGUAAAAGCGAUUCUUAUAACUUAUAAGCUCUUUGUCUUACAGCUGAGAUCACUUUGCUCAGAGCUGUGGAAAUAGAGCUAUUUACGGGGAAGAAUGCAUUAUUGUUGUAAAAAUCGUAUGUUAUGUACUGCUGUCAGUGGUGCUGUACUUACAAUUCUGUAAAAGUUACUCCAGUACCAUUUUAGCUCUUUCGCUUUCCGUACUUCGUACUUCCUGUCAACGACGAUUCGUUGUCAUGGCGGUACAGGUUUAUUUUUUUUUUGUUUUAAUCACGGAGUGGUUUGAACAACUUUAAAUUUGGAUUUUUAAAUCAUUACUCAAGCACAGAAACUAUACAUAUCAAGGUUUCAUCAAAGCAUCGGCAUUUGGUUUUUAUUAAUUAUUGGACGGAAACGUCCAACAAAAUACGAUGUUUGCGAUUUUUAUGCUAAUUUGACCCGACAUGCCGGUCCUUCCCGCUGUUAUGAAUUCAUUUUUAAACUAUAAUCGCCGCGAUGAUUUCCACUGGACAGCAAACUAAUGGUAGGGAAUGGGUUGUUUUGGCUUCAAACCGAAACACCCACAACGGUGGCUAUUUAUACACUGCAACAUCCCAAACCAAGCUGCUGUUCAAUGAAGCUGUGGCCGCCAGCUUCAGGAACCGCGCCACAGCUGUGGGUCCUCCGGCCGCCAUAGUCAUUGAGAAGCUACUCCCGCUACCGCCAGGUGAGCGGCAGAAGGACGUGGACAGCAGUGUUAAAACCUCGCUCGGCUUUAGCAGUCUCUCCGAGGAAAAGCUGCAAGCUGCGGUAGACCUAGCCAAGAGGGAUCUGAGGCGGAGACGUUUCCAAGCCAUGUGCAGGCCGUCGACAGACUCUUUGGGAGAUGCUUCCGUGGUGGACAUUUGCAAUAGUACGCUGCCUCAGAUGACAACCAAACUGAGUCUGAAAGAGAGACUGGCGAGAUCUGGAUCCAAACAGCCCGCUUCAAAGAGGCAUCCCGCGCAUUCCAAGCAAAAAGGCCAUCCAGCCACCUCAACAAGGCCGGUAGUAGGUGCAAACCAGCACGAUCUCUUAAGGCAGGAGGUCCGCAAGCUUCAGAAUGAACUUGAAAGUCUAAAAAAGGGCCUGGAUCCAGAGGUAAACUCACUUGGAGCCAGACAGCAACAGGACGUGGCCAAGAAGCCCCCCAUGACAUCCAGGGUCCACAUUCAUCAGCCCCCCUCAACAGGACAUAUGAUUCUCAGGACAUCAGAUUUCCCAGACCAGGAGGAUCUCCUGAGACAGGAGAUAUUGAAGCUGCAAAAGAACUCUGAGAGUGCAUUAAUACAGCCAUCGGGGUCCGUGAGCCAGCUGGAUCUCUUAGGCCAAGAGAUGCACAAGCUUCACGCCGAGCUAGAAAACUUCAUCCAGCAAGUGGAGAAACUGUCUAUCAGAGACAUUUCAUAUGUUAAAAAUGAGCACAAUGUGGCGGAAGAUCUGGAACCCGGUGAGCAGGAGAAGCUGGAGGUACGCUGGCAGAAGCAGUCCGAGCGCUCGUCACGGAUCAUCUACGCUCUCCACCAGCAGAUCAAAGCGACACAACAGUACAUUGAGAAGCUUCACAACCAGAGCAUGUGGGAUGAUAAAAAGUCUACAGCCAUCCAGCGUCUUGCAGGUGCCCAUCGUGGCACCCUGAAAGCUUUGCAGGUGGUCAACUGCCAACUUGCCGAACAGCGUCAUAGCAAACUGCCACCUCAUUGUGCAGAACUGAGCCGGCUCAUUUGCCAGCUCUCCCUGUGCUCAGCCAGGAUACAAGUGGAGCCGGGCUCGCCCAUGCCAGAGAUGUCUCGCGAAAUCCUGCGUGAAUUAGAGAUUUUGGACUAUGCCAUCAGCAAACACAAAUUACAGCAAGCCUUGCAAGAUCCAGCUUGUCCUUCACAGAAGAAGUCGUCCACUUAUCCCAGGAUGUUGCCCGCCAUCAAAGCACCUAGGGGAAGUGGUGUGGCUCACGGACCCCCGAAGGCCAGCAAUCCACCGAGAAGUAGCCAUGUUCGGAGAAUGGCGAUGCAGAAGCGGCGUGGACUGGACAAGCCGGUUGGCCUGCAGGGGGCGCCGCAACAGUUCAAGAGAAACUCCCCUGGCAAAAAAAAUCACCAGGCUCCAAAAGUGAAGGGCAAUUUUGGGAAGGAGGACGCACAUUUCAAAGAACCCACAGUUUCCUCUCGCCUCCGAGUCAAUGAGUUUCCUCACAGGGAGCCGUCUGUGCCGUGGAUACCGGCGUCGUGUUCUCUCUCGCCGCCACGUUCCCGUCACAAGACGACAUCCGAGCCAAGAUGCCUCUCAUCUCCGGCCAAGCUGUUGUCCUCCUCGAGUCCCGAGAAAGCCCAUGUGGGAUUCAGCGAAGCGGCUCACCCAAGCUCAGAAAAGAAGCAACAAGCCCAGAAUGAAGCACUCAAAGCCGCAUGGUUGGACAAGCUCACCGCGGAACGACUAAAGGACCUUAACCAGCUGACACGAGUGGAGGCCGAACGCAUUGAACGACUGAGGGCCGAGGUUGUCUCGCCGACUCAGUGGGCUGAAAGGGCUGAGCAGCAGGUGCGAGAGAGAAUCGGACCGCUUCUAGAUGAGGCCAAGCAUAUCGGAGAGUCCUGGAGCAGGAGUGACUUGCCGCUGAGGAAUAAGCUGUCAGAGCAGGCUGCAAUGAGGGUGGCCGAGCGAGGCGAGGAGGCGGGCGGGUUCCUUCCGGAAGAUCACUUAGAGGAGGCAGCGCUGCGGGUUCUGCAAGCCCCCACCCUCGAGGGAAUGCUGCAGCGCAUGGAGGAGAUACAGAGGGACCAUGAGCAAGUGAGGAGACGAAUCGCCUCGAUCGCCUACUCAGAUGCUCAUCAAUGGGAGCAGCCAGCAGGCUCUCAGGUCGAGGUUCCAGGCUCGAGGCCAAGCUCUCCACAACCAAUUAGAAUGACCAAGCGAAUGCCAAGCCAGCCUGCGGCCGCUGAUAUUGUUCUGGGUGAACCCGUAGAAAUAGGAGUCGUCUCAGAGAGCAGCCUCAUGGAGGAGGCAUCCCAGGAAGACGGCCUUCCGAUAUUCCCCGGUCCCAAGGAGGGUGGCGCGGUGAGGACGGUCAUCAGCGUGCCCGGCAGCAUGCUGAGAAGCAUUCGACACUACCGUGACGACUUUGAUUCAUAUCUACACCGUGCGGCUAAUGAGAGCGGGAAUGGCGAUGUCAACUUCUGGUCCAUCGCAGACAGCCUGGCAGACGAGUUGUUGUGGGACGCGGCCGGUGACGUGGCGGCUGAAUUCCAGGACGUGAUGGAGGAGUGCGCCGAGGCCGUUUUCACCGCCGAGUUCCUGCAACUGAUCCACUCGCCUCGCGUCGCUUCCUCUUCCUCCUCCUUGGUCAACCAAUAGGUGCUCGCAGCUCAUGGGAUUGUCUUUUUAAUUUAUUUUGUACAGGAGGGAAUUGAAUUAAUUGGGAGUAUGCGUGUCUGUGUUAUUUGUUUUUUUUUUAAAUAAACUAAAGCUCCAACAA